AUGAGCGACUUCUCAGCGCUCCCGGAGGUCAGCAGGCCGGAUGCUCUCGAUCCUUUGCCAGCAGUCCUACAGAGAGGACUCGUAGCGGUCGCAUUCUUCGGCAUCCUCUCAUUAGUAUCAUCAACAGGAUUGUUCAUCUUCCUAUCAUAUAAGCUAUGUCGGUGGUACUACAAAGGGCAACUCGCCAAUGGCGCCAAUCAAUUCCUGCUUCUCAUCUACAAUCUCCUGCUUGCCGACAUCCAACAGGCAAUGGCGUUCAGUCUGGCCGCUGUAUCAGUAGCGAAAGGAAAGAUCGAAGUCGGGACGACAACAUGUUGGGCGAACGGCUGGUUCGUUUCGACAGGUGAUCUGGCUUCCGGUGUCUUCAUCCUCUCUAUCGCAUUACACACGUGGUUCGCUGUCGUCAAAGGCCGAAGUAUCAGCAACAAGAUCUUCUACGCCUGGAUUACAGGCGCAUGGAUUUUUGUAUAUCUACUUGGCAUCAUCACGGUCGUGCUUCACGACGAUAUAUUUGUACGAGCAGGGGCAUGGUGCUGGGUCAACCGAAGGUAUGAGUCUACACGUCUAUGGCUUCAUUACUUCUGGAUCUUCGUCUGCAUGUUCGGCACAAUUGUUGUGUAUGCCUUGAUCUACUUCUGGAUCUACCGAAGGGCAGCCAACUUUGACACCAUCACAACACGAUCAACAACUUCAGAUCCGGCUACUCUCAAACGAGCAUCGAAAUACAUGAUCAUCUUUCCCGUCGUCUAUGUCUGCUGUACACUUCCCCUCGCUGCGGGUCGUAUGGCUGCUAUGACCGGAAUGGUCAUUCCAUACUGGUGGUUCUGCGUCGCUGGCGCAGCAAUCACCUCGAACGGCUGGCUGGACGUCAUGCUCUACGUAAUGACACGCCGAGUGCUGAUCUUCUCUCGCGCUCCUCCACCAAAGAACGACUUCGGCUUCGAUACUCUGGGUUGGAAGCACGGCGGUGAAGGCAUGUUCUGGGGCACGACCACCACCAUCGAAGGACCCCUGACCCAUGCCCGCACACGACGGGUCGAUUUCCUCGGCCGUGGCCGCACGACUCCAUCGUCGAGACGGCACUCAGAUGAAGACCACUUCGCUGGCAAUACCGAGGGUGUGAUCUCUACGAAGACCACGGUCGAUAUAUCAACACAUCCCAUGCCCGGACAGUAUGCCAGCUCGGACUUCAGCGUGAUCGAGAUGGGCGAGAUGGAGGACAAGAGUGAGCGGGCGAGAAGUCCGAUGAGUACUACGCGAUGA